AUGAGUAACACGGAUUUUCUGGGGCGGGCGAUUGAUACGGUCAAGAAGGCUAUCGAAAAUGACAACGAUGGCGAGUACGAGAAGGCGUAUCAGCUGUACUACUCCGCAUUGGAGCUGUUCAUGCUGGCCUUGAAAUGGGAGAAGAAUCCUCGGUCCAAGGAAAUGAUUCGUGCGAAGACCGGCGAGUAUAUGGAUCGUGCGGAGAAGCUCAAGAAUCACUUGGCUUCUGAUGAAGGGCGGAAAAAACCGAGUGCGGUGGGUGCGAAUGGGAAGGUAGCGCAAGGAAGUGGGAAAGGGAAGGAAGAUGACGAUAACGGCGAAGAUGCAGAAUCAAAAAAGCUGCGGUCUGCCCUCCAGGGUGCUAUUCUCUCCGACAAGCCCAAUGUCAAGUGGGAAGAUGUUGCUGGUUUAGAGAACGCGAAAGAAGCAUUGAAAGAGGCUGUCAUCCUUCCUAUCAAAUUCCCGCAUCUUUUCACAGGCAAGCGGCAACCGUGGAAGGGAAUUCUGCUUUAUGGUCCCCCUGGUACCGGUAAAUCCCACCUUGCCAAGGCCGUUGCGACAGAGGCGAACAGCACAUUCUUCAGUGUUAGCAGUAGUGACUUGGUAUCGAAGUGGAUGGGUGAAAGCGAACGUCUUGUCAAGCAACUCUUCAAUAUGGCCCGUGAGAACAAGCCCGCAAUUAUCUUCAUUGAUGAAGUCGAUGCGCUAUGUGGACCUCGUGGCGAAGGCGAAUCCGAAGCAUCUCGGCGUAUCAAGACCGAGCUCCUUGUACAAAUGGAUGGUGUUGGCAAGGAUUCCAAGGGAGUUCUGAUCUUGGGCGCAACAAAUAUUCCCUGGCAAUUGGAUGCCGCCAUUCGACGACGAUUCCAGCGCCGAGUGCACAUCAGUUUGCCCGAUAUCAAUGCACGAAUGAAGAUGUUCAUGUUGGCUGUGGGCUCUACACCAUGCCAAAUGACCCAGGCCGACUACCGAACAUUAGCUGAAAUGAGUGAGGGAUACUCAGGUAGUGAUAUCAGUAUUGCUGUUCAGGAUGCCCUGAUGCAACCCAUUCGCAAGAUUCAAACAGCCACCCAUUACAAGAAGGUCGUGGUUGAUGGAGGUGAGAAGCUCACUCCCUGCUCACCGGGUGAUGCCGGCGCAACGGAAAUGUCCUGGCUUGAUGUAGACGCGGAGCAACUCCUUGAGCCCCCGCUUAUUCUGAAGGACUUCAUCAAAGCAGUCCACAAUUCCAGACCUACAGUCAGUCAAGAGGAUCUAACAAGAAACUCAGAAUGGACUCAAGAGUUUGGCAGCGAGGGAGCGUAA